AUGUCGUCCCUAUACAACAUCGCUCGUCUUUUUCUUCUAAUUUCCAUCAUGUCAACGCUGGUUGUCUCCUAUGCCGUUAUGCCAUCAGGUGAACAAGAAACAGUAUUGCGUUUUUGGAAACCACGAUCCAAAUAUUCCGAUGGCUUGACACCAAACGAUUACGAUACGAGUCAAAUGGAUGACGAAAUCGAACAGCCGUUGAGCAAACGGACCAACCUAAAACGGCUUGUGAUUCUGUCGGCACGUGGAUUCGGAAAGAAAUGA